AUGUCUGGAAUGUGGGCGAUUGACAGCGGUGCAACACAUCACAUCUGCUAUGACAAGUCCAAGUUCGAAUUUCUGGACGAGCGCAAUGAAGGUGAAGUGUUGGUUGCAGAUGGGAACAAGGCUGCGAUCAACGGUGUCGGGACAAUCAUCGAAAAGGUGACCCUGUCCAACGGUGAAGAGCGCGAAGUCGAGAUCAAGAACGCGCUUUACGUCCCAAGCAUGAACAAAAACUUGCUUUCGAUACCACAAAUCAACAAAAGCGGCAAGUUUCAAGUGGCGUUUGAUGGUGACGAGAUGAAGAUUUCGCACAAAGGCUCCAAGCAAGUAAUAGCGAUGGCCGAUCUUGUGGAUGGCCUCUACUGGCUUCGUACAUACCAACGAUCGGUGAAUGCGGCUUCAGGACCAAGAGUCGAAAACCUUCAUGCGUGUAUGGGCCACGCACCGAUUGAUGUCUUGUGCAGAAUGGUCUCCAAGGGCAUGAUCAAGGAUGCCAAGAAGCCAGCAAAAUUGAGCGGAUCAAGCGUGUGUCAAGGUUGUCUAGAAGGAAAAAUGGUUCAACGACCGUUCCCGAGCAAUCCAAACAAGCGCCACUACGAUCCGUUUGAGCUUCUACACAUCGCCACUUGUGGUCCAAUGGAAGUCGACUCGCUAGGUGGAAGCAAGUACUUGCUACUGAUCGUCGAUGAAGGCAGCGGAUGUAUGAAGGGUUUCAGUCUGCGCGCCAAGUCCGACAGCGAAGAGUGCAUCAAGAAUGACAUCAUGGCAGCACAGACGCAGUUUGACUACAAGGUCAAGUUCGUUCGACACGAUGGUGCACGAGAAUUUGCGGCGAAUUCGCUCAAGGCAUUUUACGAUGAUCAAGGAAUCGAGCAGCAAGUUACCGUUCCGUAUGCGCAUCAGACCAACGGCACGGCGGAACGGGCAAUUCGGACUAUUGUGACGAUCGGGCGCAGCAUGCUUCACUACGCCAAGCUGGACAAGUGUGUUUGGGCUGAAGCAGCAAUGACGGCAAUCUACAUCAAGAAUCGCCUACCAUCGCCCAAGUGCCAAGAUCAAACCCCGUUCGAGAUCGUCAACGGAUUUCGACCAAGUAUGAAGCACAUGCGGGUUUUCGGUUGCCGAACAUUUGUGCUGACCCCUAAGGAAAAGAGAUCGAAAUGGGAUCCGAAGGCUCGUGAAGGACUAUUCAUGGGGUACGAAGAAGUGUCAAAGGCAUAUCGCGUUUACGACAUUGAAGCGGACCAAGUGGUGAUAUCUCGCGAUGUCACAUUCGACGAAUCAACGCUUGGUUUCUCGCCGAGGCUACCACAAGAAAUUGUUGAUGACACUGCGCUGGAUAUCGAAUCGAUGAACAUCAGCGAUGAGCCUCACCCCAUGCAGUUCAAGCAAACUGGAAAACGCAAAAGCCGUUCAAACAGUCAAGAACAAGUUCUACAACGGACACUUCUUGAGCGUCGUGGAACCGGGUUAGAAGAAGCAAGUGCCCCGGAUGACUCUGAAUCGCACCAAGCGAAGCGACGAUCAAGCGCUCGAGACAAUCUGGACGAAGAGCAAAAGGGCAGUGACGAAGAUAACGAGGAUGCUACACCUCAAGUCUUUUGGCGAGCGAGUGCCAAUGCAGUCGAAGGUACUGACUUGUCUGAGCCGACUGAUGAACUUUGGACUUCUUGGUCCGAGUGCAAAACGCAAAGUGAAUAUAUAUUUAUAAUAGGUACUUAG